GUUAGAGUGACGUCCCUUCACACAGGUAUCCAAUAUGGCGUCCGUCCAGUUGAUUCCACCUGUCUCUGAUUUGUACGAGAUGAUUGAAGCGUUCUUACAGGCCCCUGUUUAUCACCUGAUAUUUGAAGCAUGCCUGAUAGUACUGAUCAUCAAACUAGUGUUUUCUAAGUCAUAUGCUGGUGGACCUGAAAUCAUUCUAACAAAGAAGGAAGAGGAAGAGCUGUUAUCAGAUUGGGUGCCUGACCCCCUAGAACAAAAUGUGCCUGCUGAUCACCCAGUGCUGCAGUCUAUGGAGAAAAACAUUGUCUCAGGAAAACCAGGGAAAUAUGUGGAUAUCAAUGGGAAAACAUGUGUUAACUUGGCAACUCUAAACUUCCUGGGAAUGGCAUGUAAGCCAGACAUAGAGGAUGCUGCCAUAAAGACAAUGAGAAAAUAUGGUGUUGGAUCCUGUGGUCCAAGAGGCUUCUAUGGCACGAUGGAUGUACAUCUGGACCUAGAGGAGAAGUUGGCCAAGUUUAUGGAUUGUGAGGAGUCAAUUCUCUACUCCUAUGGCUUUGCCACCAUAGCCAGUGCAAUUCCAGCCUACUCCAAACGUGGUGAUGUCAUAUUUGUAGAUGAAGGGGUGUGCUUUGCCAUACAGAAAGGUCUGGUGGCAUCUCGUAGUGCCAUCAAGUGGUUCAAACACAACGAUAUGGAGGACUUGGAAAGACUGCUGAAGAUCCAACAGGAGGAGGACAGGAGGAUUCCUAAGAAAGCCAAAGUCACCAGACGGUUUUUAGUGGUGGAAGGGUUAUACAUAAACUAUGCUGACAUUUGUCCCCUCCCACAACUGGUUGCAUUGAAAUGGAAAUACAAGCUACGACUAUUUAUGGAGGAAAGUCUAUCCUUUGGUGUGCUUGGGGCAAAUGGCAAGGGAGUAACAGAGCACUUUGGUAUUUCACGAGAUGAGGUAGAUUUGAUUGCAGCUACACUUGAAAACGCCAUGGGAACAUGUGGAGGCUUCUGUUGUGGGAAAAAAUAUGUAAUAGAUCACCAGCGUCUUUCUGGCCUUGGCUACUGUUUCUCUGCCUCUUUGCCUCCCAUGCUUGCCACAGUCGCCACAGAGGCCCUUCGCACUAUGGAGCAGGAUCCUUCAAUGCUAACAAAACUGAGUCACAACUGUCAACAGGUUCAUGAGAAAUUAUCUAGAAUACCAGGAAUACAGGUAAAUGGGGAUCCUGUAGCUCCAAUUAAACAUGUGAGACUGGAGGAACUGAAUGAUGACCGAUCCAUAAAUGUACAGACAUUGGAGAAGAUUGUAGACAAGGCACAUGAUUUUGGUUUGGCUAUUACCGUUGCGAGAUACCUGGAAUCUGAAGAGCACAUCACUCCAAUCCCAAGUAUAAGGCUUUCUGUCAAUUCAAACCUCACAGAUGAGGAGAUCGAUAAGAGUAUUGAACUCCUUGGCAAAGCUUGUGCCUCAGUGCUCAACAGUUAUUCUGAGAUGUGGAGAUCAAGAUGUUUGAACAAUAGCCCAACAGAGAACGAAAUACAAUGGUCAUGGUGGAAACAAGAAUAGUGUUGUCAUGGAAACAUUGAAAUUUGAUGCAUAGUUACUAUAGCUGUUCCAAUAUCAAGGCCAUUAUUAUUUAAGGAAGUUGUGAUAGUACAGAUAUAAUAUAUGACCUUACAUAUGUUUUCCUUCGCCAUUAAUAAGCCAACCUAUACCUUGAGCCGUGGUAUGUAUUGGGCCCUUUAAUUAUUUAUCUUGUUUUUUUUGCCAAUUGG